AUGGAGGGGAUUGAGGCAUUUAUACUUGAUGAAGUGUGGGGCAUAUUAGCAAACGAAUCAAUACAAUUGAAAGGAUAAGAUGUUUAUUAGUAAAAUUUUAUAGAUGACCUUCGAAAUGAGGUAAUUAAUCUUAAUGAUCAACACAAAAAUGCAUAAAAUUCAAUAGAGGAGUUGAGCAACAAAUUUAGUGGACUUGACCUUCUAAUAGAUUGGUUUAAUUGGCACACUGCCACUGGCAAAGGAAUAAUUUACUCUAAAUACAAGAAAACUUUCAUUAAAUCCUAGAAUAAUGGAGAUAAUAUAAUUCAGUAAAUGACUAUAGAUGAAUAGGAAGAAAUAACUAAAAUUAAAAAGGAAAAAGUUAAACAGAUUUUUGCGAUAGAUGCUUCAUAAGUAAGAUUUAACUACAAAGGAUUGCAAACUAUUUAAGGGCCAAUCGAUGAUAAAUUUGAUGUGUUUGAGAUGCCUGACCUAUUCUACAUAAAUUACUUGCUUAAGAGCUAUCUUUGCUUUGGAGGAGAAAAACAUGCCCUUAUUCAGUAUCGAUAUCAUAAUCAUUCUAGGGAUAAGAAGAAUACUGAGUUUGGAAUAUAAACAAAUGUCAAAUUGCUAGAGAAGUUUAAAAAUAACAAUUUCAUGACAAAUUUUAUCUUCAACAUAGAAUAGGAAGCAAUAAGAGUAAUAAUUUUAGAAUAAAUAGAUUAUGAUUAAGACAAAACAAUUUUCAUUGAAUUAUUAAAGCCACAAUCACGUUUGCCUGAACUAACAAUUGAAACAUUAAUUGAAAGAAAAUGGUCCUACUAUAUAAAUAAAGAUAAGAAUUAGAUUUUUGCUAUUAAGGAGAAAAGUUUCAUAGCUAAGUUAAAUGAAAUUUAUAAUAAAUGUAAGCAAGAGAAUGUAGAUUAUUCUGAAUGGCUAUAAGUAGGCAAGAAGAAAUAAGUUUUUUCAUGUGAAGUUAAUAAAUUACCCUUCGCAUUAGAUCCCUAAACCUUAGAUGUAUAUCAAUAUUCUUUCAAGCAAGAGAAGAAUCAAUUUUAGUGGAAUGUAAUUGAGACUUUUAAGUUUCCUAAGAAUUAUAAUGAUGGUAAAUAUUAGAAAGUAAAUGAAUUUACCUACACGGAGAUCCUUAAUCGAGAAAGUUUUGAGUUUAAGUAUGUAGCCUUUAAAUUUCUACUAAGUAAAACUGGCAGAGAUCCUAGAUUGAAUGAAAUUUAAAGUGCUGUUGAUAAAAUGUAUAAAGAAAUAGAUUAGGUCAACUUAGGAUAAGUUGUAGAGAUUAAGAAAAUUCUUGAUAAGUAAACAUAAGUAUUAAGUCUAUUAAAGCAUUUGUUUCAUGGUUCCAGAAAGAAUGAUCCUUAGAAUAUCUUAUCAUUUGAGAAUGGACUAGAUAUGAGAUAUAGUAAUAAUGGUGCGCACGGUAUUGGACUUUAUUUUGCAGAUAAUUCUCAAUAUUCUCUGAACUAUGCGUACAAUUAAAAUGGCAAAAAGUAGAUGUUUUUAUGUACAGUCAUAACUGGAUUAUCAUCAUCUUCAGGAGGGGGCUAAGGUGCUAGAAUGCCUGCAGCUAUACCUGGUAAACAAGGCGAAUUAUUUGAUUCAUUUAAUAAUGGAUUAGGAGGUCAUUUUGUAGUUUAUGAUAAUCAAAAAUCAUAUCCUGGAUAUUUAAUCACUUUUUGA